GACACGCAACUGAAAAGAAAGUGCGGCUGGCAUGACCACGGCAUUAGAAGACCUCACUGCAGUCAAGAGAAGGUUCACUUCAAACAAACUCGCGCCGCCAAAUGAGUUAUGAGAGUACUUUUAGUUAGCGUCCUGGGCGGUCCAGAGUCCCGCAGAACUACUGGACCGGUUCUUGGAUAUCUGCAUGUAUUUUAUUUAGGGACUGUUCCUAGGAAGGCAUCGGUAUAAUUACAAUAUUACUGGUGCAUUACCGUAAUGCUGACAGUCUAUGCUUUGAAAGAAAGAAAAAAAACUUGAGGCAGUGGGCUUGACUUUGUCUUCUCCGAUUUUUCCGAAGGCUAAACAAUGCUUCAUCUGAAGUUUGUGUGGAUUAUGUGGCUAAUGUGCGACACCAAUUUGUGUCUGGGUUUUGUGUACAAGCGAUUUAAACGCUCAGGGGCAGACGCCACCUACACGGAAAGAGCAGACCCUAUGAGCAGUCCUGCUCAGGUCUUCAUGUGUUACGCGCCAGUGAUUAGAGCAAGCGAGAGAAUCCAGUGUGCCUUCGUCAAAGUGCAUUCUUCAUCUCAAUAUGUGCCAACAUCUAGUUCAUGCAAAAACAGGUGUUUUGAGCUGGUCAAGAGGGAACCGCCGAGCUGUUGCUGUGACAAUUUAUGUAAGGCCUACAAUAGCUGUUGCUCUGACUUUGACCGUCUCUGCCUCAGGACAGCAGAUGGUGGUUAUGAAUGCAGUAAAGAUCGCUGUGGGGAGGUUCGAAAUGAAAACCAUUCCUGCCACUGCUCAAAUGACUGUCUAGCCCGAGGUGAUUGCUGCACCAACUACAGGACACGCUGUAAAGGAGACAGUUCAUGGCUCCAGGAUGAAUGUGACGAUAUGAAGACCGGUGAAUGCCCUCCAGGAUUUGUUCGCUCACCUCUCAUAAUUCUCUCAGUGGAUGGUUUCAGAGCUUCUUACAUGAAGAGAGGGAAAACUGUCAUACCUAACAUUGAGAAGCUGAGAACAUGUGGAACCCAUGCACCUUUUAUGCGACCUAUGUACCCUUCGAAAACCUUCCCCAACCUCUACUCACUGGCAACGGGUCUCUAUCCUGAGUCCCACGGUAUCAUUGGUAACUCAAUGUAUGACCCUGUCUUCGAUGCUACUUUCACCCUGAGAAACCAAGAGAAACUGAAUCACCGUUGGUGGGGUGGUCAACCAAUUUGGAUCACAGCUCUCAAACAAGGAGUGAAGGCAGCCUCCUUCUUCUGGCCUGCCACGAUCCCACUUGAACGGCGGAUACUGACCAUGUUGCAGUGGCUCCACCUGCCUGAACCAGAAAGACCCUAUGUUUACGCAAUGCACUUUGAGCAGCCAGACAUAUAUGGACAUAAAAUGGGACCCAUGAGCAUUGAAUUGAAUAAUCCUCUGAGGUUGAUCGAUAGGAUCGUAGGUCAACUAAUGAAUGGGCUGAAGCAGAUGAAACUGCACCGAUGUGUCAACAUCAUCAUAGUCGGAGAUCACGGUAUGGAAGAGGCCCAUUGUGAUCAAACGGAGUUCCUUAGUAAUUACCUGACAAAUGUCGAUGACAUCAUAUUAAUUCCAGGAUCCCUAGGCAGAAUACGCUCUAGAUUUCUCAACAACCCAAAAUAUAACCCCAGGGCAAUUGUUGCAAAUCUAACUUGCAAGAAAUCAGACCAGCAUUUUAGGCCCUAUUUAAAGCAGAAUCUUCCAAAGAGACUGCACUACGCCAAUAACCGACGGAUUGAAGAUGUACAUCUACUGGUGGACAGGAAGUGGCACAUUGCAAGGAAAUUACCUGACGUUAAGAGGCUUUGUGGCUUCUUUGGUGACCAUGGAUAUGAUAAUAAAAUUAACAGUAUGCAGACGAUUUUCUUGGGGCAUGGACCUUCCUUUAAAUUCAAGACUAAAGUUCAAGUUUUCGAGAACAUCGAGCUUUAUAAUGUUAUGUGUGAUAUUCUAGGUAUAACACCAGCACCCAAUAAUGGAACACAUGGCAGUCUUAACCACCUACUGAGAAACCCUGUCUACAAACCCACAAUGCCUGAAGAAGUUUCAAAGCCAACUGCUCCAGAUCAUUUUCAAAAAGGGAUCGAAGACAUUGGGUGCAGUUGCAAUUAUAAGUUUCGAGUAAAAAGACGGGACCAAGGUUUGAAAGUGACCAUUGCACAGGGCUAUAAUAUCGAGUCACUCUGGCUCUGUUUUUUACAGAACCAAGUGGAGGAGUUAAACCUGCGACUGAGGCAAGCCAUUCAUGACAGUAGGAAUAUGCCAUUUGGACGACCUGCAGUACAGUACUAUACAAGGUAUUCUGUUCUACACCACACUGACUACAUCAGUGGCUACAACGAGGAUCUUGCAAUGCCAUUUUGGACAUCGUACAGUGUUAGCCGACAGGUAGAGGUGUCUGCUUUGCCAGAGGUCCUGAUCAACUGUGUUCGUCCAGAUGCCAGAGUUCUAUCAGUCUUCACCCAGUCGUGUACUAACUACAAGACAGAAAAAUAUAUCACUUAUGCCUUCCUAUACCCACCGCAAUUAUCGACAGGCAUCGACAGAAAAUAUGAAGCUCUGUUCAUAACCAACACUGUUCCUAUGUAUCCUGCAUUCAAGAAAAUAUGGACUUAUUUUCAGAAAGUCCUUUUGAAGAAAUACUCAUCUGAAAGAAACGGUCUGAAUGUUCUCACAGGACCAAUAUUUGAUCAUGACUUCGAUGGAGUGAAGGACCCUACUGACAAGAUUAAGGAGUAUGCACGUGGUAGAGUGCCCAUUCCAACUCACUUUUUUGUGGUUCUAACCAGCUGCUUGGACUUCAGACAGGCUGCAGAUUCAUGUGGUGGCCCCCUCAGCUCUGCUGCCUUCAUCUUGCCUCAUCAACCUAACAAUGACGAGACUUGCAAUAGCUCAGAUGAGGAGUCUAAUUGGGUGGAGGACCUGAUGAAGACACACACAGCUCGGGUCAGAGAUGUAGAAAUCCUGACAGGUCUGGACUUUUAUCGCAGAACCAUGCGGAGUUAUGCUGAAAUCCUGUCAUUGAAAACUUUUAUGCACACUUAUGAGAGUGAGAUCUAAGAUGUCAGUUUGUAUUUUACAGGAAUUGAACACUUGAAUUACAUUGAUUUGUAUUUAGCUACAUAUCGUAUGGAACAGCCACUUAUUUUGAUUCGAAUCUCUUGUACAUCACUAAGCUUCAGUUUUCAUUUAUUAUGAAAGUCAGAUAGCAGGUGAGAAAAAAAUAUUUGGGCAUCUGUUUUAUCUUGUUUAAAUGCUUUAUAGAUUUGGACUGUACUUUUUAUAUUAUAGUUCGUGGUACGGUCAAAACAAGUUUUUAUACACCAAAUAGAAAGUCAAGUCACACAUAUGAAAUAUCCAGUAGAUUUCCUUGGUGUAUCUCUCCAACCGGGUGGCCAGAGCAGUAAACAAGACAUUCUUCACCAAACAAGGAAAAGUGUAUUUUCGGUGACGGGGAAACAACCACUGACCAGAACCACCAAGAGCGGAGAUGGAGGAGUCUAUGGCAUCAUGCAACACCAAUGCCUAAUUGGAACACUAGGAACACAUCGGGAAAGGGGAAGAGAACAGAAACUCACUGCCCAUAUCUAUCAGUAACCUUGAACAAAGGACGACUCCUUGUACGAAAAACAGUACUUGUCCCCGGUGUCCGUAAAGUGGACAAAACACAGUGCUAUAGGGAAUACUGUAAAUGAUUAUGUGAGACAAUGUGAAAUGAGCAGAUACUGUAUAUGUUUAUAUGAAUAAAAGGGAAUAUAUCUGUACAAAACCCUUUGUAAAUAUGCAUUAUUCAAAAUAGAAUAAAAUCUUUAUUGUCACUUCAACAUGUACAACGAAACUAACUAAAUUAGUGUCACACUUGAGUUCUUCCGUGGGAUGUCGAUUGUUGUCAGCUAUUUCAUCAUAGUCCCGUUUGUCACUGUUGACAAUACUGUGAAUGAAGGCGUUUUGUUUUGGUUUUUUUUUUCUCGUGACAAUGGCUACACAGCUAUUCAUUCUCUGCGAGACGAUUUUCAGCACAAUCUCGUCCACUUUGUUGGCCACCGAUCUUACACUUGUGAAGAAGAGAUUAGGAGGAGCCGGUCGGUUUGGUGUUGAGAGAAAUGGUGGGAGAAAUGUUUGGUAUUCAUAAAUGUGUCCUCAAUUGAUGUUGAAAUAAUAUUCCUAUUGCUUGUUAUUAUUGACAUAUUAUCUGUUCACCUCAAGAUGGCAGGAUGGGACUUAAUUGUCUGAAGUGCUAUUUUUAUUCUUUUUGUUUGACUUUGAUUACUUUGAUUUGUGGGAUUGCCUGUGAAGACAGCAAUGAGAGAGGAUGCAUCCGCAUGUCGAUGGAAAUUAAAUACGCCGAGUUUUGGCUGAAAGACAACUUAUUCUCUGUCAAUUUUUCCUACGAAUGCAACGUUGAGCUGCAACCACCUCAAAAGUUACCAUGUAGCCUGACUCGCUCUCCUCCACUUUUGUUAACGUUGUUUCCUCCAUCUACGGGGCAACAGCAGGGGAAUGACAAGAGCCGCAGUAGUCCGCUGAAACUCCAGUGGCAUAAAAACCAUUUAGGGAGGUGCGAGAUGUCAGCCGUUAUGAUCAAUCUACCGUCAUUUAGCCCUGUCAUACGGAAUGAAUGAAUUUCAUUUUUCGGAUUCCAUUUAGCACAAGAAUAUUAUUUGUCAUGAAAGUACAAUUUGUUUUGCUGUCAAGGAAUAACAUGAAUAACAAAGAAUAUCAUGUAAUUGGGAUUGUUG